AUGGGCCUCUGGGUGGCCCCUGGGCUGCUCCUAGCCAUGGCUCUCACCCUGCACCUGGCCGAGGCCUCGGCGCCCCCGCACCGGGACUACUGCGUCCUGGGCGCGGGGCCCGCGGGCCUGCAGAUGGCCUACUUCCUGCAGCGGGCCGGGCGCGACUACCUGGUGUUCGAGCGCGCCUCCGGGCCCGGCAGCUUCUUCACGCGCUACCCCCGGCACCGCAAGCUCAUCAGCAUCAACAAGCGGCACACCGGCAGGACCAACUCCGAGUUCAACCUCCGCCACGACUGGAACUCGCUGCUCAGCCAUGACCCGCGCCUGCUCUUCCGACACUACUCCCGGGCCUACUUCCCCGACGCCGGCGACAUGGUGCGCUACCUGGGCGACUUCGCCAGCAGCCUGGGGCUCCGCGUGCGCUACAACACAGCCAUCGCCCACGUCACUCUGGACAAGGAUCGGCGGGCCUGGAAUGGCCAUUACUUCAUCCUGACCGACCAGAAGGGCCAGGGAUAUAGGUGCAGCGUCCUCCUUGUCGCCACCGGUCUGUCCGUCCCCAACCUGGUGGACUUCCCCGGCGCUGAGUAUGCAGAGGGCUACGAGUCUGUGUCCGUGGACCCGGAGGACUUUGUGGGGCAGAACGUGCUGAUCCUGGGCCGAGGGAACUCGGCCUUCGAGACGGCAGAGAACAUCCUGGGUGUCACCAACUUUGUCCACAUGCUGAGCCGCUCCCGCGUCCGGCUGUCCUGGGCCACCCAUUACGUGGGAGACCUCAGGGCCAUCAACAACGGCUUGCUGGACACCUACCAGCUGAAGUCCCUGGACGGCUUGCUGGAGUCUGACCUGACGGAUCUGGCUGUGGUGAAGGACCCCAAGGGCAAGUUCCACAUCACCCUCAAGUUCUACGUGGAGGAGGGCAACCAGAGUGCCGAGGCCGUCCCCCUCCCCCAGGACGACAGCGACAACUUUGCCAUGCGCGUGGCCUACGACCGCGUCAUCCGCUGCCUGGGCUGGAACUUCGACUUCUCCAUUUUCAAUAAGUCCCUCAGACUGUCUUCAGGGGGCGAGUUCAGCAAAAAGUACCCGCUGGUCAGACCGAGCUAUGAGUCCAAAGGAAGCCGUGGUCUCUUUGUCCUGGGCACGGCCAGCCACUCUGUGGAUUACCGGAAGUCUGCUGGGGGCUUCAUCCACGGAUUCCGAUACACAGUGCGUGCCGUCCACCGGCUGCUGGAGCACCGCCAUCACGGCGUCGCCUGGCCCUCCACCGAGCUCCCCAUCGCACAGCUGACCAGCUCCGUCCUCCGGCGCGUGAACGAGGCCUCUGGGCUCUACCAGAUGUUCGGUGUGCUCGCCGAUAUCGUCCUGGUGAAGGAGAACGGCACCGCGUUCGAGUACCUGGAGGAGUUCCCCAUGCAGAUGCUGGCCCAGCUGGAGACGGUCACCGGCAGGCAGGCCCGGCACGGGCUCUUCGUCGUCGACAUGGAGUACGGCAGGAACUUUUCCGGGCCUGACAAGGACGUCUUCUUCUAUGACCGGUCCGUGGGGUACACGGAGGACGCCUGGCAGUCCAACUUCCUGCACCCCGUCAUCUACUACUACAGGCAGCUGCCCACCGAGCAGGAGGUGCGGUUCCGCCCCGCAGACUGGCCCCUGCCGCGGCCCACGGCCAUCCACCACAUCGUGGAGGACUUCCUGACAGACUGGACCGCCCCCGUGAGCCACAUCUUGCCUCUGCGGCGCUUUCUGGAGAACUGUCUGGGCACGGAUUUGCGAGGCUUCUAUGCAGAGUCCUGCUUCCUGUUCGCCCUCACACGCCAGAAGCUGCCGCCCUUUUGCCAGCAGGGAUACCUGAGAAUGCAAGGGCUGGUGGGAACCGGGAGCCUCCGCCAGCACCGAGUGGAUAGCGGGCUCCUGCAGAGCUAUGCCGCUGCAGGCAAGCGCAGCGAGGAAAAUGGCCAGCGGCCUGGCUUCCAGGAGCCAGCAGAUCAGCCCCAGGCCCCGGGGCCUCUGGACCAGCCCCUCACCAGCAACAAGGAGGAGCUGUGA